AGAGUAGAGAGAGAGAGAGAGAGACAGAGAGAGACAAACAGACAGACAAAGACAGAGACUCAAAGAGAGUCUGCAUGUAGCCAGCCUGGGACAGCUUGGUACUGUAGAAACAGCCAGACGUUCAACUCUAGCACUAAUUUCCUCUCUGCUCCACAGCAAGCCCACCUGGUUCAGCUCAACACUGCAUCAUCAGAACCAGCCCAUUCUCUACAUAUGGAGAGGGAGCCGGCUUCUUUUCAGACACUCAGCAUCUAGGUCCUGAGGCAAGGGUACUGAAGCAGAGUCCUACAGAAUUUCUGGAAGAGGAAACGUUGCAGUAACAACUUAGAGUGUCUGUGUGAUUAUGGAUGACUCCAGCCGUCAGUCUGAGUAGAGCAUCAUCCUCCAUCAUGGUACAGCAAAGGGGACACAAAUACUUAGCAGUUAUGGACAGUGAUUUGAGUCAAGAGGUUUUCGUAGGACUGGGAGCAGAUGAAGGGGAGGAGGUUUUUGGACCGUCGCCCUCCAACAAAGACCCCAACUGGUGCAAGACUCCCACGGGUCACAUCAAGCGGCCCAUGAAUGCAUUCAUGGUCUGGUCGCAAAUCGAGAGACGGAAGAUCAUGGAGCAGUGGCCAGAUAUGCAUAACGCAGAGAUCUCCAAACGCCUAGGCAAGCGCUGGAAACUCCUCCCCGACUACGAGAAGAUCCCCUUCAUCAAAGAAGCGGAGAGACUUCGGCUAAAGCACAUGGCCGACUACCCCGACUACAAGUACCGGCCCCGGAAGAAGAGCAAGAGCUCCAUGCCCGUGCGGGUCGGGGAAAAGGUCCCCCUGAAGACAGGCAAGUCCCACACGGGUGGUCGCGCAUCCGGUUCCGCUUCCGCAACCUCCACAGCCACCAGCAAAGGGCUCAAGGUCCGAACGCCUUCCUCCAAACACAAAGCCAGCUUCCACGGCAAUAAGUUCAAAGGUUACGACGAGGGCAUCAGCGAUGACGACACAGUGGAUGUAGAGAUGGCCAGUCAGGGAGCAAGCCAGCCAGGAGGGCAGAGGCCAGCCUUGGGCGUCUUCCACCACCAGCAGGCUGCCAUGACCCCUGGGCAGCAGCAACCUCAUCUCACAGCCCAGCUCAGAGUCAAAUUGCCCACCACCACCUCCCACCAGCCCACCUCCACCCUCCCUGUGGGCCUCUCCUCUGGGUCUCCUGUACAGCAGAGCCUCCCAGAGUCGUCCCCCAGGGUGUCCUCUUCAUCGGAGUCCCGUACGCCCCUCUCCUCCACCGGCCGCUCCUCCACCCCCACCUCCACCAGCUCCUCCUCAUUCGUGUCGUCGGCCUCCUCCGACGAGGAGCUGGAUGAGGAAAUCUUGCAUAUCAUCUCCAACGCCAACUUCGACAGCAUGCCUAUGGAUUGCGCCACUCUGGACAAAGACUUUGAUGCUGCGUUUCACACCAACUCAGGAUCCCACUUCGAUUUCCCUGACUACUGCACCCCAGAAGUGAAUGAGAUGAUAUCCGGGGACUUGCUGGUGCCCAGUAUCUCUGACCUGGUGUUCAAGAUCUACUGACCUUCAUUCAUAAAAGCCUAUGGUUUUUUGCUUAUAUUAUUUAUUUUUCCCCACCCCGAGCUUGGACACUUCCUUUUUGUGUUCUCUCAAUCAAGUCCGUAAGUGCUAUUGCUUUUCUUUUCCCAGUAUGCCACAUCCUGAUGGUCUGGUGUACAAACAGUGAAAGGUUUCUCACUCCAAGCCUUUUAUCAAAGUUAAAAUAUUCAGGCACCGAACAGGAGACCAGGUACAAACAGCAGAGCAGACUCUGGACAGAUAUGUUCCUAGUAGAGGGAUAAGAGUGCUUUCAACAGUAAACCUAUUCAGUAUUUAUUGUUUUCAGUAUUAACAGGAGCAUGGAGCAUUGCCAUGUCUUUCACAUGCAUUUGUUGUAUAUGAAGCACCAUUACAGAAAUGUUUUGACAUAAUCAACCAGAAUCAAGGCAACAACUGCAGAUUCACAUUUUCAAAUUCACAAAGUAGCCUCAUUCCGGAUUUAUUCAUGUUAUCAACAAAUGAUCUCUAAAUAUCAAAGGGUAAAAAGGGAGAUCAUGUGAGGCAUAGUCCUUAUGUUUCAGCUAAUAGGAAUCUGCAGCACUUGUCAUCAGGCUUUUACAGUAGCAUCAGUUAAAGUAGAGGCUCUCGCCAAGAGAGAAAUCUGCUGCAGACAAGUGCCAAGGAGCCGUCCAUAAUUUAUUUCAUAAUCUGUAAUUAGAUAACAGCACUUUCAUUGCCUCGCUAAUACUGCAGACUCCAAGACAUGGAGUAUUACGUAAACACAAGCCUUGUGUGUGUGCCUGAUUCAUUCCAGACAGUUGAGGCUGACCGUAGCGGUGGUUUGGUGGUUAGAG